AUGUCAGACAAGACGUACCUCCGGGAUUCAUGCGGUCCUCGUGCCGUCGAUUCCGGCCACAGAUCAGACAAGAGUCGCAGCGACAGUCGACGCCAACGAAACGGUGACGAGAAGCCGAAGUCGAAGCACAGCUCCUCGAGACGAUCAUCGAAAUCGGAAUCUAGCCAUCGAAGGAAGUCGUCGACGGGGUCUUGCGUUACCAGCAACAUCCCAGAACGACCGACGUUCGAACUCGACGUCAUCGGGCAACCGCAGCGAAGCAUUAUCUUUGGCUCGACCGUUGAAACAUCAGUCAUGGUCAGCCUGAAGGUGCCAUCUCCAGACAUGGUAGCUCAAUACCGGAGUCUCGAUACCUCGCGCUUGAUGGCAGUCAUUUCAUUGGUUGCCGACACUCGUGGCGGCGAGAGAAUGCCGAUCGAAUGCGGUACAUUGACUGGCCAGAAGAUGUUCGACACCGUCCACCCGGUCCCUGUAGAGUGUGCAGAAAGCCUGGCUCGCAGCCAACCAUGUCGACUCACGCUGGGCUACUUCUCCUUUCCUGCCCUGCUCAUACGACAGCCAGGGACAUACCGACUUCGAAUUACUUUAAUCAAGAUGAGCAGCGCUGGCGCCUCAUCUGGCGGAUCAAGCAUCGUGGCGGCCGACAGCGACUCGAUCAAAGUCGAGCGACGAACGACAGGCUCUGGUGGUAAUCCUCGCAAGCAUCAGAGGAGUUAG